AUGUGCAUUGAAAAAUUUCCACUGGAUAUCUGGUUAGGUGUGUCAAAAUACUUAACAUGUAAUGAUCUGUUGAAUAUUAGAUUGUGUAGUAGAUCAUUGAAUAGAAGUUUGACUUCCUCGAUAUUGUGGAGAGAAAUUUGUUAUGACUAUUGGUUGAACCAUGAGGAAUUAUGCUGUGAGAAUGGUUUUUAUGGUGUGGUAAAAUAUAAUUGGUUUGAAACCUAUUGUAACAGGAUAUUAAUUGAAAAAAAAUUAGUUGAAAUACUUACUAAUUUUGUAGAUCAAUUAGAUUUUUUGUUUGGUAAACUUUCGGACUUUCGUAAUGAGUAUGAUACUUUACGUUUAAUGUCAUCUUUAUACCAUCUAACCGAGUUAGACCCAACAAAAUGCGAUAACAAGAUAUCAUUUGAAAUUAUAUCACUUGCUGAAAGAGUUUUACACUCUAUGAGAUUAAAUAUAUUAUUCGAGGAUAUUUUAAAUCCAAAAAAGAACGAAAAUUCUACUUGCGAUGUAGAAAAUGUUCUUCUUCUAUUUUCUUAUUUGGACCCUAGUUUUGAUACUCUGUUAAAAUAUAGAGUUAAGGCAUUUAACGAUUUAAAAUCUCAUAUCCAGGAAAUAUACACUUCUAUUGAAAUAUUUUCAAAUAUAUCUACAAGAUCAAAGUUGUUUGUAAUAUCGAACUACUUUAAUAACAAGUUCUUUGAGAGAGAUUUCAAUUAUAAUGGAUACGCAAUAGAAGACAGUAGUUUAGUUAGAGUUUAUUCUGGAGAGACUAAAGGUUUAUCUAUACAUAAAUUAUCGAUAAUUCAAAAGGCAUUAAAAAUAUAUAAUGUUGAUAGUGUCAUGUGUGGAUUUUUUUUAACUGUUCGAAAUGAAUCAAGGAAACACUUAUGUUAUGUGUUCAUAAAGGAUGAUAAACAAGCAAUUGUCAUAGAAAAGCCACAAAUGAAGAAGAUUAUAAAGAAACAUUUUGACUCACAAACACGCCAAUUAAACUUUUCAAUAUAUACAAAGGAAAUUUUCAAACCUCUUAGUGUCAAUAAAUUGCAAGAAGAUCUCAAGAAUGAAGUACUCUCUAAAUGUAAUCAUACAAUAUGGUGGAAGUCAAGACGAACACCAAGAGUAAAAGUCAUGAAUGAUAAUUAUUCAAUUAGUAAGAAUACCAUAGAUAAACGGAUUAUACAUUUAUAUUUUGAAAUAUCAAAGAUUAAAAGCUACGGAAGUGAACAAGAUAUAAGAAAAAUAGUUUACUAUUUGCAAUCACCAGAAAUCGAACUUCUAGGCAGGUUAAACUUUGAGUUUCCUUUUUUUGAGACAGCAGUUGAAAUUUUAAAAGAAUUAAAAAGGAAUAGGAAUCCAAAUGUAGUGGAUUCAUUUCAAUAUUCGUUGACGUUACCCUUUGCUACAGUUGGACGCGGAAUAGAAGUCGGAACCUUCUAUAUAUCAGACAUCACAAAAGAUAUUUACUGUCUGUUGGCAAUUGGUAAUCAAAAAGAUGAUACAUCAUAUCAUAAAUGUUUAAUUGAUAAUCUAGGAAACAUUAGAACUGUUAGAGACGAUGAUGACACACUUUCUGUUUAUCAGGAAUUAAAUAACGGAAUCAUUCCGUUUCUCCAAAGAUGUUCAAUGUCAAAAUUAGGACUGUACUUCGACAAAAUAGAUUGGUCAAAUAAUAAAUUAAUUCCAAAUAAAACAUAUAAAGCUUGGUAUCUACUGUAUUCCGAUACAAUUUAA